AUGUCCCGCCGGGGGCCCGCACAGGUGUCGGGCAGCCUCCGGCGGAAGGCGGCACCGGGCACGGCCCCGUCGGAGCUGCAGGAGCUGCGGAGCCGCACGGAGCGCGCGGAGCGGCGGCUGCUGGCCUGCGAGAACCUGGUCGGGGAGCUGGGCAGCGGCCUGGCCGCCCUCAGCACCCUCCUGCAGGGCUACGGGCAGCUGCAGCAGCGCCUGCUCAACCUGGAGAACCUCCUCAAGAACAGGAACUUCUGGAUCCUGCGCCUGCCCCCCGCCUCCGGGGGGGAGAUCCCCAAGGUGCCGCUCACCUUCGAUGAUAUCUCGGUGUAUUUCAACGAGCUGGAGUGGGAGAGGCUGGAGCACUGGCAGAAGGAUCUGUACAGGGCCGUGAUGAGGGGCAACUAUGAGACCUUGGUGUCCCUGGACUACGCCGUGUCCAAGCCCGAGAUCCUGUCCCAGAUGGAGAGGGAUGAAGAGUUCAGUUACAAGGAGGUUCAGGAGUCCCCAUGGACAAACACUGGGGAUGGUCAGGAGCUCCUCUGGGCAGCAGAAGAGAGGGACGAGGCAGAGGAGGCUGCAGGAGAUGGAAGCCCCAUGGGAGCUGCCCCAGACAGUGCCAAGUCCAAGCCCAGCAGCUGGACCUGCAUCGAGAGGGAUGAAGAGCCCAGCAACAGAAAGAGUCCCAAGCCCUCAUGGACCCAGAGUGGGGACAGCCAGAAAACCCCACAGAUACAGACUGGGGACAGCCAGGAAUCCUCAGAGACACAGAUUGGGAGCAGCCCAAAAUCCCCACGGACACGGAGUGGGAACAGCCAGAAAAUCCCACAGAUACAGAGUGGGGAAAGCCCAAAAGCCUCAUGGACACGGAGUGGGAACAGCCAGAAAACCCCACAGACACAGAAUGGGGACAGCCAGAACCCCCCACAGACACAGAGUGGGGACAGCCAAAAAUCCUCAUGGACACGAAGUGGGAACAGCCAGAAAACCCCACAAAUACAGACUGGGGACAGCCAGAACCCCCCACAGACAGAGACUGGAGACAGCCCAAAAUCCUCAUGGACACGGAGUGGGAACAGCCAGAAAACUCCACAGACACAGAGUGGGGACAGCCAGAACCCCUCACAGACACAGAGUGGGGACAGCCCAGAGUUCCCAUGGACACGGAGUGGGAACAGCCAGAAAACCCCACAGACAGAGACUGGGGACAGCCCAGAGUUCCUGUGGACACGGAGUGGGAACAGCCAGAAAACCCCACAGACACAGACUGGGGACAGCCAGAACCCCCCACAGACACAGACUGGGGACAGCCAGAACCCCCCACAGACACAGACUGGGGACAGCCCAGAGUUCCCGUGGACACGGAGUGGGAACAGCCCAAAGUCCCCAAGGACACACAAUGGGAAUAGCCCAAAGUCCCCAAGGACACAGAGUGGGAACAGCCCCAAACCCCCACUGAGACAGACUGGGAACAGCCCCAAGUCCCCACAGGCACACAGUGGGGAUAGCCAGACACUGCCUCAGACACAGACUGGGGACAGUCAGAACCCCCUCCAGACAGGUGUCCCCAACAAUCAGAAGCCCCCACAGACACCAGGAGAGAUGGAGCAGCAGGAAGAGGCUUCGGGAGAGGAUCCCAUGCCCACGGAAGCUGGCCCAGAGCUCCCCAUCCUGAUGAUGAACGUGAUGUCCCUGGGGGACCGUCAGCAGGGGACGGUGGCAGAGGAGGACGCAGAGAUGGAGGAGGACCCGGCAGAGCCUGACACUGAGGAAGCCUUAUCCAUGGAAGAUGAAACACCGUACGAAGGGGCUGCUCCCGAGGACAUCAAGGUGAAGGAAGAGGAGCCUGAGCUGCUGGCAGAGGAAUCCACCCCCUCUCCCGGCUCAGAGAUCCAGAAGUGUCCCAAAAACGAGCUGGUGAAAGCCAAGAUGAAGAAGAAGCCGAACCGGUGCGAGGCCAGCAACCUCCUGAUGGGCAACUGCCGGCGCGGGUACGUGCGGGAAUGGUCCCACCCCUGCACGGAGUGCGGGAAGCGCUUCCGCCUCAAGAUCAACCUCAUCAUCCACCAGCGCAGCCACGCCAAGGAGGGGCCCUACGAGUGCCCCGUCUGCGAGAUCGGCUUCAGCACCAAGCGGCACCUGGACCUUCACCGCGGCAUCCACGUCAAGGACAGAGCCUUCGGCGCCAAGGUCUGGGGCAACGUGCACCCCGAGCUGCGCAUCCGCCCACGCAGGGACCUGUGCGGCACCGGCCACGCCGCGGGGGCCUGGCUGGGCCAGCCCAAGGAGGAGCCCGACAGAGAGGGCCUGGCGGGCUCCGGGAUCGUGCAGCCGCCCAACCCCAGGCAGAAGUGCCCCCUCUGCAAGAAGUUCCUGUCCUGCUCCACGUCCAUGCGGCGGCACCUGAAGACCCACGCGCGGGACCGGCCCUACUGCUGCAGCUCCUGCAACAAGUGCUUCACCCGCAGCAAUCACCUGCUGCGCCACAAGAAGAUCCACGAGAGGGCUCUGGCCGUGCUCCAGCGGGAGGCCAAGGCCCAGCCCCCUGCUGCUAUCCCGGCAUCCCUGCAGCACCAAGCUCCCGAGGCCCAGAGGAGCCCUUCCCGAGAGAAUGGGAGCCCUGAGGCUGCAAAAGCGAGCCUGCCCAAUGUGCUGCUCUUGGGGACAACGCCACUGGGGCUCCCGGGCAAAGGCUCCCCGCUCCCUGACUGCAUCAGGAAAGCCGUGCAGCCCGUGGUCCAGCUGGGAUCCAGGGCAGUGGCUUCAGAGAUGACAGAGAAAUGACAGAUGACAGACCCUGGGACAGAUCUGAGCUGUGCGUGUCCCUGGAAGGAAACUGCGAGUUUGUUGGGUUUGCACCUGGUGGGACACCAAAAAUGGGAAUCUGCUGUUUUUUAGGAGCUUCCUGGGUUGUAGAAAGAAUGGGAAGCUUGGAGACCACAACAGAGAGCAAAUUGCAGAAGCCUCCAGUGAUCCAUAAUGCUUCACCAUUCCACUGACUUGGUCCUGUUGGCUGUUACUUGGAAUUUUCCCAAGCUGACAUUCCUGGGAGAUAAGUAGGUGAAUCCUGGUCAAACAGGAGCAGAACUUUCACAUUCUGAUGUUGGAGCUGACCCCUUGCAUUGGGAAACACAACUGGAGAGGGCAGGGAGAAUGGAAUGGAGCUGGCAGCAUUCCCAUGCAGCCCUUUGCUCCAUGGAACAAGUGUCCUGACUGAGAUACCAGAUGGAGAGUGACAUCGCUGAGACCCCACCACAUCCUGGCCACCCUGGGGAGAAGAUCAGCCAACAGCCCCUCCAGCAGGUUGGGAACACUGGAGCUUUGCACUGGAAGAUCCAUAGGACAAACCAAACCCCAAUAUUCUGUGCUGGCAUAUUCCAGGGGCGCCAGCAGGUCCACGAGGAAGGCCACAGGCACCCUCAGGACCAUCCUGCACGGGUGCAGAGUGAUUUUAGGAAUACUUGACAGCCCAGCAGCCAGCCCCAUGCUGCAGCAGCACCCUAAUCCCUGUGGAUCUGCCUGCACUGAGCAGCCCUUCAGCUCUGGAGGAAACUCCCACUCUCCCAACCACAGCUCGUCCUCUUUUGCCCAAAAUCCCACCUUAAUGAAUCCUAUGGGAAAACAGUUCUGCAGCUACCUCAGUCAGGGAGAGGGGACCUGCCCGGAGGCAGCCAGUGGAAGCCAGGCCUGGCACUGCCCCAGUGUCCCCUGGAGCCACCAGAGUAGUGUCCAUGGCCAGAGCCCCACGUGCUGGGUGUGCACAGGGAGCACCUCCCGCCCGGAGCCAGCGCCACACGGACACAGUGGAGCAGCUGUUGGGACUCCUGCAUUUCGUUUUUCAGGUUGUUGUUUGUUGUUUUUUUUUGAGCUGUUUGAUGUAACAAACAUCCUGAGAUCUCUGUCCCUCUCUGAGCA